CGCGAGCCCGGCUUCCCGCCGACGCUCCUCCCUGCCCUGCCCUGCGGGCCGGCCCCUGCCCUGCAGCGCCCCGCGCGCCCCAGCCGGGGGCCCCGCUGCCGUUCCUCCGUGCUGCGCCGAGCCGGGGCACUUUGAUCUGUUUGCUCCCGUCCCCCCCCUUUGUUGCUCUAAGACCACCCCAGCCCGGACCCCACCCCGGCGGGCGCCGGACUUCUCCGCGGACUGCAGCGGACCCGACCGCCGGGGCGCCCCGCCGCCCGCCUUCGUCCCGGGGGAAGCCAGCGAGAGCUCAUUGAUGCACCCAUUCCAGUGGUGUAACGGGUGUUUCUGUGGCCUGGGACUGGUUAGUACCAACAAGUCCUGCUCAAUGCCACCCAUCAGUUUCCAGGACCUUCCCCUCAACAUCUACAUGGUCAUCUUCGGCACGGGCAUCUUUGUCUUCAUGCUCAGCCUCAUCUUCUGCUGCUAUUUUAUCAGCAAACUCCGGAACCAGGCACAGAGUGAACGAUACGGCUAUAAGGAGGUGGUACUUAAAGGAGAUGCCAAGAAACUGCAAUUAUAUGGGACCUGUGCAGUCUGUCUGGAAGACUUCAAGGGGAAGGAUGAGCUAGGUGUGCUCCCAUGCCAACAUGCCUUUCACCGGAAGUGUCUGGUGAAGUGGCUGGAAGUACGCUGUGUCUGCCCUAUGUGUAACAAACCCAUUGCUGGGCCCUCAGAGGCCACACAGAGCAUCGGGAUCCUAUUGGAUGAGCUGGUGUGAGUGCUGCCUCUGCACCAAGGCCUGGAGAAGACCUCUUGCUUCAUGGGUGCCUGGUCCUUCUGCACAGCUACAGAGAACUAAACUGUUGGGUAGUGGUUGACGUGCUUACCUGAAGGGGCAGUAAUGCAGGGCUGGUCUCCCACCAUCAGGGUAAGGCCAGAGUUGUCCCACCUUUCUGCCUCCUGAAGCCUUCUUUCCUGCUACUCAGAACUAAUGGUGUCACCCAUCAAAAAAACACUGUAUCCUGGUACUGGCCUGUCUACCUGCCUGUCCCUGCUGGGGAAGCCAAUCUGCUCUUCUCUGACUGAGAACCUGGAGUUACCCCUGGAGGAUUCCCCUUAGGAGGACAGGCUGCCCUGACCUAGAAGAAGGGACAAGAUGGGCCAUGUCCCACCUGUAACCUCCCUCCCCUCUUCACUCCUUGUAUAGGAAGGUGGGAAGGGGAGGUAGGAAGGUUGGUCUGUCAAGGAACCAUCAAGGAACCAAGUGCCUCCAGUGGAAGGGAGGGAAGGCUCUAUAGGAAGUCAGGAAGAGCAGGGACAUGGGAAAAGGAAAGUCAAUGUUUACAUGGGGCCUUUGUGACUGCAGGGUCAUGGAGGGCACGUGCUUUCCACUCCCUGCUGGAGUCUGAGGUGCUAUCCGUUCACUCUCUUCCUCAGUUAAUCUCCAAGCUUCCUAUUCCGUCUUGGAGUUUGAGUGCCCACCCCCUAGAGGAAGGGCUUGUUCUAUAUUCAGAUGAAUUCCUAGAGGCUUUUUUCUAAAGGAGCAAGGGGCCUGGGGUUAGGGGUGUCUGAAGGUUAGGGCAGCAACAGGUACCUUCUUCCCCUUUGUAAAUAGUAUUUUUAUACUUUCUCCUCACCAUCUCAGGCUUUAUAUGUGGGAGCCCCUGAAUGGAGGGAGGGGGGGUGUCCUCGCCCCCACCUGGAGCAGGUGAGGGUGGGGCAAAGGUAUGUAUUUAAAGAAAAUUAAAUUUAAUAACAAGUUUCUCUAA